CUUAGUCAUAGUAAUACCCAAUUUCCACGGCACCUAUUUGCCAUCGAACAAACAAUAAAAAACUUUAUUAGUUUUCACAAUUAAUACUUUUAACUCUUUCCCGAGAGUCGUAAGAAGAGAAAAAACAAAACUUUUUUCUUUUUCGUUGAAGAAUUUUUACAUAAAAGUUUUGUAGAUUCUCUGAUCAGAAUUGUGUAAAAGGUAUUCUCUUUUUUUUUACUUGUUGAAGAAUUAAAGUAAGUAAAUAAUUGAUUUCUUAUUGGAGGGACCCUUUUGUUGUCAUAGAAUUUACUCUGCUGCGUUUUUUUUUACUGUUGUUGCUUUGUUCUUGUUGUUUGGUUGUAUAUUGUUGAUGCUCUCUCUCUCUCGUUAGGUGAAGUAGAUCUCUCUUUUCUCUUUCUCUUUCUCCUCUCUCUCUCUUUCCUUACUCAGCUUUUGUGGUGAAUAUUGAAGAAAGUUUCUCUGGUGAAUAAGAGUUUGUUCUUAUUUUUAUGAAUUUGUUCUGUUUUCUUGUUGAUAGUUUUUGGGUUUGAUAAAGUUGUUUCCUUUUUACUUCUUUUAGUAUCUAUCUUUCCAAUUCUAGUAACUUCACUGGUUCUUGAGCUCUUUCAACUUUUUGUUUCAGAUCUCUCUGUGUUUUUUUCUGAUCUUUCUCCAGUGGUAGCUUCUGAGUUAGUGAUUGUACUUUACUUCCAUACUUCUUGUUCUUGCUCAUAGAUUUUAGCUGUGGUUUUGUGGAGUUUUAGCUCUCAGUGAUUGUUUUAGUUUUAGUUCCUUAAACAUGUUUUGUUCAUAUGGGUUUGUUAGAUCUUUGAGUUUUCUUCAUUUCUUUAUUAUCUCUCUUGGAUCUUGAUACAAAAGUAUGAAUCUUUAGAUUGCUUCAAGAAAAAAAGUUUUAAAGACUUUAAGAGAUUCUUAGAUACAUAGAAUUUGAAGAUCUUGUAUUGGUUUUUGUGAAACAGAUAUUUGUUAGAUGGAAGAAGAUUGCGAGUUUCGACAUUGGGAUGAGUUGAUUCCAGAUGCUCUUGGUUUAAUCUUUAGCCACUUACCUCUUCAAGAAGUACUAACAGUGGUGCCUAGAGUUUGCAAAGCAUGGAACAGAGCUGUUACUGGACCUUAUUGUUGGCAAGAGAUUGACAUUGAGCUGUGGAGUAACCGUUUUCACCAGUCUGAUCAUCUUGACCGGAUGCUUGAGAUGUUGAUCCCUAGAAGCGCUGGCUCUUUGCGAAAACUCUCCGUUACUGGCCUUCGAAAUGACUCUAUCUUCUCCUUCAUUGCACAACAUGCUGGUUCACUUAAGACCUUGAAGGUGCCAAGAAGUGGUCUGACUAAUUCGGGUGUGGUAAACGUAGCUGAAAAGCUCUCGUCUCUCACUUUCUUGGAUUUGAGCUACUGCUGCAAAAUAGGCCCAGAGGCGAUACAAGCCAUAGGAAAACACUGUAAAUCACUGAGAGAGUUUUGCAGAAACAUGCAUCCAUUGGAUGUAGCAAGUGUUGUCUCUCACGACGAUGAAGCUUAUGCUAUCGCCAAUACAAUGCCGAAGCUGAAGCGGUUAGAGAUAGCUUACCACCGAGUCAGCACAGAAGGAGUACUCAAGAUCUUAUCGUGCUGUGUUUUUCUUGAGUUCUUGGAACUUAGAGGCUGUUGGGACGUGCAACUUGAUAACAAGUUUUUCAAAGAGAAGUUUCCGGAUAUGAAAGUGUUAGGUCCACGCGUGAUCGGAUUCUAUGAUAUGAUAAAUGAUUGGGAGGAUUGCUGCUCAGAUUACUUCUCAGAUGGGUCUGAUUACUUGGCUUGGGAGUUUUUUGAAGAUGGUGUAAUGGGAGAGUUCUAUGAGGAUGAGUUUGAGCAUGGUUGGGACGAUAAUUUUUAUGCGGAAAACGCAGUUUUAGACAUGGAACCGCAUAUUUGGCCACCAUCUCCAUGAACCAGGCCUUGUUAUGUUCGAAGUCUCUACCUAAAAGUUGCAACUAGGAAUGGUUUUAGCCUCUCUUAAGUGUCUUAAUCUAUGUAUGGUGCUUGAACUUGUGUGGCUUCUUUGUGUUAUUCUAAUCUAAAAGGCUUUAAUCUCUCUUUACUUAGUGAUGUUUAGAUUCAUAUAUAUGUGUGUGUGUAUAGAAUUGGAGAUGUCAAGUUGAUGUAUAAGAAACAAAAGAAGUGAAGAAGUAAGUAAAAAGGACAAGGCUAUUGAGGAAGAAUUCAAAUGAGAUGGGGUCACUUCACAACAAAAGCUUUUACUUAUCUGCCAUUUUGUGUAGUGUUGUGUCUUUUCUUUCAUUAAAUAGAAAUGAUGUAUUGGUCUGUUUUACUUUGAAGUCUUUGUCAUACUUAUUUACUUGUAUAUGAUCAAAGUUAACUGUAGUAAUUUACAUUUAGCCUAGUUUGCUA